GUGCCAGCCUCGAGAUGCCCUAGUUCCUCUGCCGCCGGCUCAGAGCUGCGCUGCCCUCGGAGGUGGCGAGCAGCUCGGCGGACGCUCCUCGCCCCUCCUCCUCCGCCUCCUCCUCCGCUCCGCACGCUGCCCCCCCCCGCCCCCUCCAAGCCCGACGAGGAGAUGCCUGCUGAAUACGCGAUGAAGCCAAGCGGCUGCUGAGCGGGCGGCGGCGGCGGCGGCGGCGCAGGGGACGUUUCUGCUCUGCACUGCAGCGGCGGCGGCGGCGGCGGCAAGAGGAGCGGACGGGCGCCCCGAGCAGAGGCGAGCGGAGGCCAGUGCGGCUGGGCACGCGGGCGCCAUGCUGAACAACCUGACGGACUGCGAGGACGGCGAUGGGGGGGCCAGCCAAGGCGAUGGCAACCCCAAGGAGAGCAGCCCCUUCAUCAACAGCACGGACCUGGAGAAGGGGAAGGAGUACGACGGCAAGAACAUGGCGCUGUUCGAGGAGGAGAUGGACACCAGCCCGAUGGUCUCCUCGCUGCUCAGCGGCCUGGCCAACUACACCAACCUGCCGCAGGGCAGCCGCGAGCACGAGGAGGCGGAGAACAACGACGCCGCCGCCGCCAAGAAGAAGCCCAUCAAGGCUCCGCGGAUGGGCACGUUCAUGGGCGUCUACCUGCCCUGCCUGCAAAACAUCUUCGGCGUGAUCCUCUUCCUGCGCCUGACGUGGGUGGUGGGCAUCGCGGGGAUCAUGGAGUCCUUCUGCAUGGUCAUCCUCUGCUGCUCCUGCACCAUGCUGACGGCCAUCUCCAUGAGCGCCAUUGCAACCAACGGGGUGGUGCCAGCUGGUGGGUCUUACUACAUGAUCUCACGCUCGCUGGGCCCAGAGUUUGGAGGGGCCGUGGGGCUCUGCUUCUACCUGGGCACCACUUUUGCAGGCGCCAUGUACAUCUUGGGCACUAUCGAAAUCCUGCUGGCCUACAUCUUCCCCCCGAUGGCCAUCUUCAAGGCAGAAGACGCCCGAGGGGAGGCAGCUGCCAUGCUGAACAACAUGCGGGUCUACGGGACGUGUGUGCUGACCUGCAUGGCCACCGUAGUCUUUGUGGGCGUCAAAUAUGUCAACAAGUUUGCCCUGGUCUUCCUGGGCUGCGUCAUCCUCUCCAUCCUGGCCAUCUAUGCGGGUGUCAUCAAGUCUGCCUUUGAGCCCCCCACCUUUCCGAUCUGCCUGCUGGGCAACCGGACACUGUCCCGCCAUGGCUUUGACCUCUGUGCCAAAGUGGUGCAGGUGGGCAACGAGACGCUGGGCUCUCAGCUGUGGGAGCUCUUCUGCUCCUCCCGCUUCCUCAACGCUUCCUGCGACGAGUACUUCGUGCAGAACAACGUGACCGAGGUCCAGGGGAUCCCCGGAGCCGCUUCCGGCCUCAUCCAAGAAAACCUCUGGAGCUCCUACUUGCCCCAGGGGGUGAUUAUCGAGAGGACGGGGAUGACUUCGGUGCCCCCUUCCGACCCGCUGGUAAAUCUGGACCAGCCGUACGUCUUCAGCGACAUGACCUCAUACUUCACGCUCCUGGUUGGCAUCUACUUCCCAUCAGUCACAGGGAUCAUGGCCGGCUCCAACAGGUCGGGAGAUCUGCGCGAUGCUCAGAAAUCGAUCCCCACCGGCACCAUCCUGGCCAUCGCCACCACCUCGGCCGUCUACAUCAGCUCCGUGAUCCUCUUUGGCACCUGCAUCGAGGGCGUGGUGCUCCGGGACAAGUUUGGCGAGGCCGUCAACGGGAACCUGGUGGUGGGCACCUUGGCCUGGCCCUCGCCCUGGGUGAUCGUCUUUGGCUCCUUCUUCUCGACCUGUGGGGCCGGGCUCCAGAGCCUGACGGGGGCCCCUCGCCUCCUGCAAGCCAUUGCCCGGGACGGCAUCGUGCCCUUCCUGCGGGUCUUUGGCCAUGGCAAGGCGAAUGGGGAGCCCACCUGGGCCCUGCUGCUGACCGCCUGCAUCUGCGAGAUCGGCAUCCUCAUUGCUUCCCUGGACGAAGUGGCUCCCAUCCUCUCCAUGUUCUUCCUGAUGUGCUACAUGUUUGUCAACCUGGCCUGUGCAGUGCAGACCUUGCUGAGGACCCCCAACUGGCGGCCCCGGUUCCGGUAUUACCACUGGACCCUCUCCUUCCUGGGCAUGAGUCUCUGCCUGGCCCUGAUGUUCAUCUGCUCCUGGUACUAUGCCCUGGUGGCCAUGCUGAUUGCCGGACUCAUCUACAAAUACAUUGAGUAUCGUGGGGCCGAAAAGGAGUGGGGAGAUGGGAUCCGGGGCCUCUCCCUCAGUGCUGCCCGCUACGCCCUCCUGCGCGUGGAGGAAGGACCUCCCCACACCAAGAACUGGAGGCCGCAGCUGCUUGUGCUCGUCCGUGUGGAUCAGGACCAGAACGUGGCCCACCCGCAGCUGCUCUCCUUCACCAAUCAGCUGAAGGCGGGCAAAGGGCUGACCAUCGUGGGCUCUGUCCUGGAGGGCACCUUUCUUGACAACCACCCCCAGGUCCAGCGUGCUGAGGAGUCGAUCCGGCGGCUGAUGGAGGCUGAGAAGGUGAAAGGCUUCUGCCAGGUGGUGACCUCAUCCCAGGUGCGUGACGGCGUCUCCCACCUCAUCCAGUCCAGCGGACUCGGAGGCCUCCAACACAACACGGUCCUCGUGGGCUGGCCACGCAACUGGCGCAGCAAAGAGGACCACCAGACGUGGCGGAAUUUCAUUGAGCUGGUGCGAGAGACCACGGCUGGGCAUGUGGCGCUGCUCGUGGCCAAGAACGUGGCCAUGUUCCCAGCCAACACAGAGCGCUUCUCCGAGGGCCACAUUGACGUCUGGUGGAUCGUGCAUGAUGGAGGGAUGCUGAUGCUGCUGCCCUUCCUGCUGCGCCAACAUAAGGUGUGGCGCAAGUGCAAGAUGCGGAUCUUCACCGUGGCCCAGAUGGACGACAACAGCAUCCAGAUGAAGAAGGACCUGAUGACCUUCUUGUACCACCUGCGCAUCACGGCUGAAGUGGAAGUCGUGGAGAUGCACGAGAGCGACAUCUCGGCUUACACCUACGAGAAGACCCUGGUGAUGGAACAGAGGUCCCAGAUCCUCAAGCAGAUGCACCUCACCAAGACGGAGCGGGAGCGAGAGAUACAGAGCAUCACGGAUGAGUCACGAGGCUCCAUUCGGCGCAAGAAUCCGACCAAUACCCGCCACCUGCGGCUCAGUGUCCCCGAAGAGCAGGUGGGCGACAGUGAGGAGAAGCCUGAAGAAGAGGUGCAGCUGAUCCAUGACAAAAAUGCCACCACUUUCUCGAGCAGCUCUCAGUCGCCAGGGGACGAAACAGAGGUGGAGCCUGAGGCAGCCCCCGAAAAGGUGCACCUCACAUGGACCAAGGACAAGGUGGCUGAGAAGAACAAGGCCAAGAGCCCCGUCAGUCCCGAAAGCAUCAAAGAUUUCUUCAGCAUGAAGCCGGAGUGGGAGACGCUGAAUCAGGCCAAUGUGCGGAGGAUGCACACGGCUGUCCGGCUGAACGAGGUGAUUGUGAAGAAGUCCCAGGAGGCCAAGCUGGUGCUGCUCAACAUGCCAGGGCCACCACGGAACCGCAAGGGAGACGAGAACUAUAUGGAGUUCCUGGAAGUGCUGACGGAGCACCUGGACCGGGUCCUGCUGGUGCGUGGGGGCGGCCGCGAGGUGAUCACCAUCUAUUCCUGAGGAGCUGGCCACGGCCCCUGCCCCCGAGAGCCCCGCCCGCCCGCCCCUCUGCACCCGCCUCCCAGAGAGCCAGAAGGGAGCGCCCAUCUCGGCCGUGGCCCCUCUCUGCACCUGAACCACAGCGCCAGGCGCAAGCCAAGCCGCAGCCGCCGCCACAGGCAGGCCUUCCACAGGGCUGCCCGACUGCUCCCGGAGGCUGGAGACUCAGUCGUGCCGCUGCGCCCCUCUGCAUCCGGCUCCCGCCUGCUUUCCUAUGGUUGCCUUCCAUUGGACGUCCUCGCUGCUGCCCCCCACGCGCCCCCCCGGCUCCCACGAUGGGGAGAGAGCCCCAGCCGCGGCCACCAGCAUGCUUUCCCUGCCAACGCUGGCCUCUCCCCUCCUCCCGCCUCUCUUUCUGCCAGGGACCAGGGCCGCCUGGAGCUCCUGGGGGUGAGAAAGGGGGCUGGAGGAAGUGCUGGGUGGGGACGCUGCCUGGGGCGGGAGGGGGGCUCAGCGUGGCCCUUUGUGCACACACACCCCCCCCCAAGGCCUGGCAGCAGGACUAGGGGAAGCCGUUCAUUGCAGGGAGUCUCCGCUUCGGCCGUUGCUGGAGGGCAGCCUCCCGUUGGCACCUCCGCCAUUUUGCACUUUUGUCAUGUGGCCUCAGCUCCCCCCCCCCCCGCCCGGUAUGGACAUUUGUAUGUCUCGAUGCUACCAGGCCGCAGUCAUGGCUGCCGCUGCCACCCCAUUCCCCAGUGGAUGGGGCUGGGGAGCCACAGUGGCCCUUCUGGAUCACAGCACCCAGUCGCCAGCUGGCCUGCAGCCCCCUCGCACUUUAGGACUUGGCCCUCAAGCCCCCCCCCCCGACUGGGAGAAGCAGGGCCCUGAGGGCGGGCCGGGGCAGGGUGGGCUGCCCCUGUGCUGUGCCUGGAGGGGCCCCCCCGCCUAAGCCCCCCUCCCCGGUGCGCAUCUGGCCCUGCAGGGAGCGGAGACCUCCCGUGAGGUGAUGCUCUCCCUGAUGUGCCUGGAGAGCGCCCCCGCCGCCGCCAAGCUCCUCCUCGUGCCCCAACAGGGCUGCAUGUGGGUCCUGGGGCUGCUGGGGCCUCCCCGCUUCCUUCUCACAGGAAAACUGUGGCGCUUUUAACCAAUGUGAACCCUUCUCAGCGACCCGCUGGCCCCGCCCUGGGGCUGUAUAUAACCUUGUACAUAGCACAGGACAUGUAUUUUUAAAGUGGUCAUAUUUAUGUGAAAAGGAACCCGAUGGUCUAGACAAAAAAGAGGUAUAUCUAGGGAUGAUACAGGGACACCCCCGCCCCCCCCCCCGCCCCGGCAGUCAGCAGCCACCCAGGGCUCGGGGGGGGGGGGCGGUGACCCCGUGACAGAAACCAGAGCACCCCCUUCCCCCCUUCGCGUUCUUGGGGUUCUUAUCAGGGAAAAGGGCCAGAACCAGUUUCACAGCAGAUUUGAGCUUCCACGCCCAGUGCAGCCUGCUAAGCCUCCCACUCUCCCUCCGCGCCCCCCCCCCCGGCCUGCCGCGCAGCUCAGCCAGGGGGCCGCCAGAGAGCCCCGCCGCCGCCGCCGCCUCCCCUCCUGGCGCCCGGGGCCUCCCCUCCGCUGGGUCCUGCCCACUGGGGAGGGGGGGCCCUGCACACCCCGCUGGCUGGCCUGCUUCCCGAGGGCAAGACCCUCCGCUUGGGGCACCGGCAGCAGCUGCCCCUCCGCACAGCCCAGCCCGCUCGGAAGCCGUCUUUCCGCACCGCCUGGCGGAGCAGCCCCUUGUCCCCGCUCAGGGAGGUGGGACCCACGUCCCCAGCACCCUCCCUCCCAGUUUGCCUCCGGCCAAGCGGCAGGUAAGGCAGGGUGAGCAGCACACCAUCGCCUGUGGGCAAGCGGGCCAAGAGUCUGCAAGAGGACCCCCCCCCCCCCUCUGAGCACUGCUGUCUCCUCGCUGCUGCAUGGCUGGCCCUUCUCCCCCCUGCCCCUCCCCGGAGAGGGCCAGGAUUAGCAGGUGGCACCUGCAUGCUAGUUUACAGCCCCUGUCCUGACCCCGCCCCCCUGCACGUUUGGCCCCCCCCGUGAGAGUGUGUGUGUGUGCUGUUCUCCUCUGGGGCCUCCUUCAGCCAGUCCGCUUCGGGGGGCGGAUGCAGAGCCCUCCCGUGCCAGGGAAGAUGUCCGUGCUGGAGGAGGAGGAGGGGGUGGGCGGCCACUUCCGCCGCAGGCAGGCCCAGGGUCCCGGGUCCCGGGCCUGUUUCAGGAGUGGCCAGCCCCUGAGAGGAGGAGGAGCGGGGAAGGAGCUCCCCUGGGAAGGGCUGCUGCUCCCCCCCCCCGGCAAGUGAGGCCUGCGUCCUCCAGGGAUGCCACCCACCGGGAGAAGGCUGCCCGGGCACUCGGGAAGGGGCUUGGCGCCCAGCAAGGGAAGGGUCCAGAGGCCCACGUUCGUGUUGGUCACACACCCUUUUUCUGUGCUCCAUGUGCAAUCUCUUUGUUAUGAACGUGCGCACCCGAGUCAGCGCAUCCAGUAACCUUUAUAAUCCAACACGGUAGUUAAUCUGUUCUCCGUCCAUCCAAGUGACUGAUUCGAGUGCAAUAUCUGGGUAGUUGUCGUGCGCUCAUUCAUAGGCUUUGUGUUCUAGGGAAUACUUGUGCAAAGAAAUGCCCCUCAGUUCCCUCGUUGUAAAUAGACCAGGUUGCAGACCCGCAGGGGCGUGCAUUCGGCUUGCGGCGUUCCUCGGCGCAAGUCCCGCCUGGGCCCCCCCCCCGCCCCCUGCCGUUCUCUCUCUGCUGACCGCUCCCCGCGGGGUCACGCUCCCUCCGUCGAGUGCUCGUGUUGAUGCUUUACAGCUUCUCCUGUGUGGUUUUUCUUUUCUUUUCUUUUUUAAGUCUCCUGUCUGCACAAAAUGCAAUAAAAGGAUUUUAUUACACCCUUCA